CCUUUAAUUCAUCCCAUUCCGCCUAAGAACUGUUGGUGAAAAGAAAAGCUGUUUCUAUCCUUCUCUCUUUCUCGAAGUUGUUUCAAUUAAAAUACAGUUUUCCACCCUCCUCCCACCUCUCCCCCUUUAUGAAUAAAAAAACUGCAAAGCAAACGCCAACCAAGAAUUCCAUCUCCCCCUGCACCACCAUCAUGGCCUAGCUGUUGUUCUUGGAUCCCAGGAUUUAAGGCAUUUCAAAUUGUUUAUAGAGAGACCUAAUCUAAGACAUCGUAGACCGCAAGACAUGAUUUGGCUUCUCUUGUUUUUGGCACUCCCUAGGCUCAAACCCACUCUUCUGUUUCUCUCAUUGGAGUUUGUAGUUUAGUUGUAAUGCCUGUAAAUUCAUGGACCCUCCCCUCAUCUAUCCUAAUCCUAAACCUCUGUUUUUCAGUCUUGUACCACUUCCCUCUCCCAACUUCCGCCAUUAACGAACAGGGUCAAGCUCUACUCACUUGGAAGCUGAGUUUCAAUGGAUCAAACCAGGCGGCUCUACGUAAUUGGGACCCUAACAACCAAACUCCAUGUGGGUGGUUUGGAAUCACUUGCAACACAAACAGAGAAGUAGUGGAAGUAGUACUGAGGGACGUGGAACUACCUGGUGAACUUCCUUCAAAUUUCUCUUCACUCUCGUCCUUGAACAGGCUCGUCUUGUCUGGUGUGAACCUCACCGGUUCCAUUCCUAAAGAGAUCGGUGUUCUUACCCAGCUCCAGACCUUGGAACUUAGUGACAAUGGCUUAACUGGAGAAAUCCCAAGUGAAAUAUGUGCCUUGCUAGAUCUCGAACAGCUUGACCUCAAUUCGAAUCAUCUCGAAGGAUCAAUACCUGCAGGGAUCGGGAAUCUCACGAACUUGAAGGAGCUGAUUCUGUAUGACAAUCAGUUAAGUGGUGAAAUUCCCAUUAGUAUAGGAAAUUUGAAGCAGCUUGAAGUGAUUAGAGCUGGAGGGAACAAGAACUUACUUGGUUCUGUGCCGGAAGAAAUUGGUAACUGCAGCAGUUUGGAGAUUCUUGGUCUAGCUGAAACAAGCAUCUCGGGCUUCCUUCCAUCCAGUCUUGGCCGCCUCAAGAAGCUUCAAACAUUGGCAAUCUAUACUACGCUACUCUCCGGCCAGAUUCCUCAUGAACUUGGCGACUGCACUGAGCUCCAAAACGUUUAUCUCUAUGAGAACUCGCUCUCCGGCUCGAUCCCAAGCACGUUAGGAAGGUUACAAAAUCUCCAGAGUUUGCUAGUAUGGCAGAACAAUUUGGUCGGCGUUAUACCGGUGGAGCUAAGUAAGUGUAGCCAAUUAUUGGUCAUCGACAUUUCAAUUAAUUCCUUGACAGGAAGCAUUCCUUCAACGUUUGGGAACUUGACAUUGCUCCAAGAAUUGCAACUGAGUUCAAAUCAAUUAUCCGGUGAGAUUCCUAAGGAGAUCGGAAGCUGUUCGAGAAUCACUCAUAUCGAGCUUGAUAAUAACCAGCUCACUGGUACGAUCCCCUCUGAAUUGGGAAAUCUCACCAAUCUGACAUUGCUGUUCUUGUGGCAAAACAAGCUCGAGGGAAGUAUUCCACCCACCAUUUCCAAUUGUGGUAACCUCGAGGCUUUGGAUUUAUCAUUGAACGCCUUGACAGGUUCGAUUCCGACUGGAGUUUUCGAGUUGAAAAAGCUUUCCAAGCUUCUGCUCCUCUCCAACAACCUGUCUGGUGUGAUACCGCCGGCGAUUGGUAACUGUUCGUCUCUGUUUCGGUUACGAGCGAAUGACAACAAGCUCACAGGAGAAAUUCCGCCGGAGAUUGGGAAUUUGAAGAGCUUGAUUUUCCUAGACCUUGGAAACAAUCGCCUCACUGGAGCGUUGCCUCCGGAGAUCUCCGGCUGUCGAAAUUUGACAUUCCUCGAUUUGCAUUCCAACUCUAUAACAAAAUUUCUUCCAGAAGAAUUCAACCAGCUUUCUUCGCUCCAGUACGUUGAUCUCUCAAAUAAUCAAAUCGAAGGGAUGCCGAAUCCGAGUUUUGGAGCUUUCAACUCGCUCACGAAACUAAUUCUCUCAAACAACCACUUCUCGGGGCCUGUACCGACUGAAAUCGGUUCCUGCUUGAAACUUCAGUUACUGGAUUUAAGUUGCAAUCAGCUCUCUGGAAAUGUUCCUCCGAGCUUAGGGAAGAUUCCUUCACUAGAAAUUGGUCUCAAUCUGAGCGUAAACCAUCUGACCGGCGAGAUUCCCCCGGAGUUUGCAAAUUUAGACAAGCUAGGGUCAUUGGACCUCUCUUACAACCAACUCUCAGGCGACCUCCACAUUCUCGCAGACCUGAAAAAUCUCGUAGUCCUCAAUGUAUCACACAACAAUUUCUCAGGACGUGUGCCAGAGACGUCAUUCUUCACGCUGCUUCCUUUAAGCGUCCUCUCGGGGAAUCCGGACUUGUGUUUCGCCGGCGAAAAAUGUUACGCCGAUAACCACACAGGCGGCGGUCACCACACGCUAGCGGCUCGAGUGGCCAUGGUGGUGUUACUGUGCACGGCGUGCGCACUGCUACUAGCGGCAGUAUAUAUCAUUCUCAAAGAUAGACAUUCGUGUCAAGGAUGCUUCAAUGGGUCCCGCGGUGAAGAUUCAGACGCCGCCUUUGAUAGCGACCUGGAGCUUGGCUCAGGCUGGGAAGUGACAUUAUACCAGAAGCUUGAUCUUUCAAUCUCAGACGUAAUCAAGUGCUUAACGCCGGCCAACGUAAUCGGCCGCGGCAAGACCGGCGUGGUGUACAGAGUCUGCAUCUCAUCAGGUCUAAUAAUCGCCGUGAAGCGAUUCCGAUCAUCAGAUAAGUUCUCGGCGGCGGCGUUUUCAUCCGAAAUCGCAACACUGGCGAGAAUCCGGCAUCGGAACAUCGUCCGAUUGCUAGGGUGGGGGGCGAAUCGGAGGACGAAGUUGCUGUUCUACGACUACUUGCCGAACGGGAAUUUGGGCGAGUUGCUACACGAGGGAAAUGGGCGCGUGGGGUUGGACUGGGAGAGUAGAUUCAAGAUAGCAUUGGGAGUGGCGGAGGGUUUGGCUUAUUUGCACCACGACUGCGUGCCGGCAAUAUUGCACCGGGACGUUAAGGCUCACAACAUUCUGUUGGGGGAUCGCUACGAGGCGUGUUUGGCGGACUUUGGGCUCGCCCGCUUGGUUGAAGAUGGUCCAAGCGGUUCGUCUUCCGCGAACCCCCAGUUCGCCGGUUCUUACGGCUACUUUGCACCCGAGUAUGGAUGCAUGUUAAGGAUCACAGAAAAGAGUGAUGUGUAUAGCUACGGCGUCGUUUUGUUGGAGUUAAUUACGGGUAAAAAACCUGCAGACUCAUCAUUUGCAGAGGGUCAACACGUGAUUCAAUGGGUGAGAGAUCAUUUAAAGAAGAAGAAAGAUCCAAUUUUGAUCAUGGAUCCCGAACUCCAAGGUCGACCCGACCCGCAAAUUCAAGAGAUCCUCCAAACAUUAGGAAUUUCCCUACUCUGCACUAGCGACCGUUCUGAAGAAAGACCAACAAUGAAAGACGUGGCAGCUCUUUUACGGGAGAUCCAACAAGAUCACUUGGCAAACGUAGCAGAGGCCAUUGACAAGCCGCCACGAAACAAUAGCAAUGCAACAAGUUUGGAAACAACGUCAUUUUCAUCCUCCUCUUCUACAACUCAUGCGAGUCAUUUGCUUUUCACGUUGCCUCUUCAGGAGUCGUCACGUUGCUCUUAUGUGUCAUUGUCCUCAUCAAGCACGUAUACGCCGCGUGAACAAUGAUAUAUGCUAUAAUUUAUUAUUAAGAAAAAUUAAGAUUAAGAUUAAUGUAUCUUUGGGAUAAGUAGAUAGGGUAUUGUAAAGGAUUUAGCUUUUAGACCCCUUCUUGAACGG